AUGUCGAUUUUCAUCAGUUCUUGCCUGCUCUUCGUUGCCAAUUCCCUGAUGUUCCUCUUCAGAUUUAUUGCCUUGCAUGUUAUCAGAAAAACUUUCAACGUGUCAGAAUUGGCUGAAUCGAAUUAUGUUAAUAAGGAUGAGGAGAAAGGUAGAAGCUUCAGUUUUAAGUUUCAGUAUCAGAUUUGUAAUGAUAAUAAGGAUACUCCAGUCAAACUAACGGAGGAAAAUGAGUUUUCAGUGAUAUCUACGGAUAUUUUAAAAUAUCAAGUUUGCUCUGAGAAAGAUUUUAGAGGCACCAUGGGAGAGCCAAAGACAAUGAACUUUCAAGUUCAUGAAUCCUUCAUGGAGUUAGAAGAAUAUAAUAACUUCGAUGGAGACGAGAGUAUUAGAUUUUUGGCUGCAGAAGAUUUUCAGAAGCCAUCCAUGGAGGCCAUGGCUAAAGAGAAGGCUGAUGAUGACCAAGUUUUGAGUGUUUUGAACAUGAUGCAAUUAAAGAAACAAUUCUCUGAGGUGGAAAAGUUCAAUUCUGUUUGUUCUGAGGUCAGUUCAGUUAGUUUCUCAGAUUUUGAUUCUGAUUCUGAACCAUCAAGUGAUUGCUACUCUGUGAGAGAUCACAUCAAUGAUUCUGAUUGGGGUAGCUCUUUUUCAGAUGGUUAUUUUGGUGAUAGUGAACAUGAUUCAGAAAUCAGGGAAGCUUCAGUAAAUAGUAGAAAUAAACUUGCAGAAGGAAAACUUGAAUUUUUCUUGGAAAGAUCUGAAGGGGAAGAAGCAAAUGACGAUGACAGCCAUGCUGAGAAAAAGAAGCACGUUUCUAAUGCUGAGAACAACAACAACAGGGAAACUUAUUCGAAUGAAACUACUUUAAAAGUAAAAAUACAAUCAAGUAAAAGAGAAACCAGAAAAAGACAACUAAAACUUGAAGAAGAAUCCAAAAAUAAAGUUUCUUUUGUUGAGAUUGGCGGUGCAAGAUUAGAUUUUUCUGGAGAAGCUGACUCAGAACCAAGGCCUAAAGCUUUGGACAGAGACGAAGAGGGGAAGAAUGAAGAUGAUAGCUCAAAAAAUGAUUCAAGCAAUUCAGUAUAUGUUUCUUAUGAACGACAACAAACAAUAGAUAAUACUGAUAAUGAACAGAAAAAGCCAGAACUAGAAGAGGAAAAAUCCAAAGUAACCUUCACUUUAGAUUUGGAUGAAGAUGAGUUUGAUGAAAUAUGGGAGCACCAAGAUCUUAUUAUGCAACUUAAAAUGGAGCUUAAGAAAGUUAGAGCUGUAGGUCUUCCUACCAUCUUGGAAGAAUCAGAAAGUCCAAGUGUUAUUGAGGAUUCAAAAUCAACUAAGCUUGAUGAGAAGUUAUCUCGUGAAGACCCAAUGGAUGAGCUCCACAAUAUGUACAAGUGCUAUAAGGAGGGGAUGAGAAAGUUUGACAUUUUGAAUUAUCAGAAAAUGUAUGCUACUGGCUUUCUUCAACUGAGAGAUCCUCUUGAAUUAAAUAUAACUCGGAAGUCUAUGUUCUCAGCAUUCAUGUCUCAUCUAUCCCAAAGCUUCUUGCCUUUUAGCAAAAAGAAAUCAAACUGUGAUCCAUCUGAGAAGUACAUUAAGGAGCUGCGAUGCGAUCUAGAAACAGUUUAUGUUGGACAGAUCUGCCUCUCCUGGGAAUUUCUUAGGUGGCAGAGUGAAAAGUUUCAUAAGCUGACAGAUUCUGAUUUAUUUAUAAGCCAUCGGUAUAAUAAUGUUGCAGCAGAAUUCCAACAAUUUACUGUUACAUUACAAAGAUUUGUAGAGAAUGAAAUAUUUCAAGGACCAAGGCUUGCAAAUUAUGUCAAACAGCGAUGCAUUCUUCGAAAUCUUCUGCAGUUACCAGUCAUCAAAGAAGACUUCUUGAAGGAGAAAAUGGAGAAGGGAACAGAAGAAGAUGGGAUCACUAGAGAAAUGCUAGAGGAUAUUAUGGAAGAAGCAAUGAGAAUUUUUUGGGAAUUUGUUAAGGCCGAGAAGUAUGAAACCCCAAGAUUCAUGAAGGGUUUAGUUGAGAAUCAUGUGGAACUUGAAGAUCCAUCAGACUAUGAGUUCUUCGUUGAUAUACAAGCAAGUUUGCAGAAGAAGGAGAAGAAAUUGAAGAACCUUCUGAAGGAAGGUAAUUGCAUGGUUAAGAUGUUGAAAAGGAAACAAGAAGGUAGAUCAAGCCAUGACCUCUUCUUCACUCAAAUAGACUUGAAGAUAGUUUCAAGAGUCUUAAGAAUGUCAAGAAUAACAAGUGAUCAGUUAAUUUGGUGUCAGAAGAAGUUGAGCAAGAUUAUUUUUUCAGGGAAAAAAAUUCAUAGGGAGCCCUCAUUCUUACUAUUCCCUUGUUAGUUGCUAGGAGAAAAUUGAUGUCUUCUUUUCUUGUUUGCUCUUUUUUUUUUCACUUCCUGUCAACUUUUCUUGUGUAUAUUGAAGAAAUACACUCCAGUUCAGUUUUACGGAAUAAGGAUUAA